AUAAUUAAUUGUUUCAGACCGGUAAAAAAUUAUGGUGUCAUCCCGAGGAGGCAGUUUAACCCCUACAAGUACAGGUUCAAUUGGUGCACCUCACUACCAUCAGAUAGGUCGGUGCUACGUAGACUCGAAGGUGCAUUAGGAGUUGUCUUUGCAUCUAUCCCGUCCGAAUACUUUGCUCGUUGUUCACCAGCCUGAUCCCCGUUAACGCAGAGAUUACGACCAUGGAUAACUUUCUUGCCCCACAUAGCACAGAAGCAAUGGCACACUCCAGGCUCAGCGAGGACUGGUUAGACUGGGACAUCAGUCACCCCUCAUUUGACGAAUCCCUUGUCGCCCACUGUGCUUCAUAUCAUGCGUUUGACCGUUAUUUAUCUGGCGAGGAUCUCUUCAUCCCCCCUCGUUUUCCGAGCGAGCUAGAGCGAGUCCUACGUCGACACGCAUACGACUCGAUCCAUAAUGCAAUCUCAAGAUCUCGUCAAACACUAAAACCCGGAGGAUACAGCAGGACAUGUCAUCUGGCAGAGCAGUCCAUCCGCAGUGUUCUAAACAUAGCAGACAACGCGAGGAGAUUGCUCGCCUGGCACAGGCCCAUCACGGUCCCCUCGCCUGUGACUGUGGAUAUGACCCAUACCGCUUUGAUAAUAAAAGUUUAACUCGCCUCACCCACGUAGAUCCCGUUGGGUAUGGGCAUUCAUUAAUUCAUUGCCGCCAUCAUUCGGUGUAAACACACACCAUGUACACUACGCAACAUUUUUUAGAACAUAGAUUUAAUAUUACCAGUGUAGACAUUAGGCUUUCACCACUGUAUUUUGAUAGGUAGAUAGAUGAUGAUUAUAGACUGAUGGUUCUUUGAU